AUGGCGAAAAGGCUCAAGGUGGGAGCGACCUCCAGGGAUUCAGGAUCCUCCGACCCUCGACCGCCGACCGGUGCUGAGAGCGCCCCGCCCAGUCCCCUGGCGGAGCAGAGGAGGAAAGAGGAAAAAGAGCGUGAGCAGGAGAAGCGGCAUCAACCGCAGGAGGAACAGCAGCCGCUGCCAACGGGAGGAGAGGUGGGGUGGCCGUCAGCAGGUCCCCAGCUCGAGGAGCUGCUGGAGCAGGACCGUCGCCAGGAGCCGCAGGAGCCCCAGGAGCAGCAGCAGCAGAGGGGCCAGCAGUCGGAGGAACCGCUCGAGCCUCCUCCCCACGGACUCAAAGACGAGCUGCUAGCCACCCAAGUCGAGGCCCGGUCCAUCAAGACCCAGCUCGAGGGGGAGGUUGCCUUGAAUGGUCGUCUACGGACUGCGAUAAGCGACCUUUCGACCUCCUGGGAGCUUGAGCCUAUUGAUGAGUCAAGGGAGGAGGCUUGA